CAGCGGACGCGGCGGGGCACGAGCGGCAGCGCAGGUGAGGGGCGGUGAACUUCGGUCGCGGUUCCCGGCUCUUCUCGUCGCGUCCUCCGGGCGGGCGGGGUGGCGGCAGGAUGGCACAAAAGAAAUAUCUUCAAGCAAAAUUGACCCAGUUUUUAAGGGAAGACAAGAUUCAACUUUGGAAACCUCCAUAUACAGAUGAAAAUAAAGAAGUUGGUUUGGCAUUAAAGGACCUUGCUAAGAGGUAUUCUCACAAACUAGGAUGUUGUGAAGAUGAAGUAGAAAAGAUAAUAGAAGAAAUACGUUGCAAAGCAGUUGACCGUGGAACAGGAAAUGAAAAUUACAAAACAACUGGAAUUGCUACAGUUGAGGUGUUUUUACCUUCAAGACUUAAAAAAGACAAGAAAAACAUGUUGGAGACCCAACUGCACAUCAGUGGCAGAGACCUGCGGUCUAAAAUAGCUGAAACCUUUGGAUUUCAAGAAAAUUACAUCAAGAUUGUCAUAAAUAAGAAACUGCUUCAACUAGGGAAAAGCCUGGAGGAGCAGGGAGUGACUCACAAUGUCAAGGCAAUGGUGCUGGAACUCAAGCAGUCUGAAGAAGAUGUGAGGAGGAACUCCCAGGAAGAGGAAGAGAAACAAAGUGAGGCCGAACUAAAAGAAAAGCGAAUUCAGAGGACAAAGAAAGGACUGGAGAUCCUGACAAAAAGAGCUGAAACGGUGGUGGACCCCGAAACCACACCCUACCUAGACAUAGCGAACCAGACAGGCAGAUCCAUCCGAAUCCCUCCGUCACAGAAGAAGGCCCUUAUGUUAGCUAUGGGAUAUCAUGAGAAGGGCAGAGCUUUCCUGAAAAGAAAAGAAUAUGGAAUAGCCUUGCCAUGCCUUUUGGAUGCUGACAGAUAUUUCUGUGAGUGCAGCCGAGAGCUGCUGGACAUCGUGGAUAACUAUGCUGUGCUCCAGCUGGACAUUGUGUGGUGCUACUUCCGGCUGGAGCAACUCGAAUGCCUUGAUGAUGCAGAAAAAAAGCUCAACUUGGCCCAGAAAUGCUUGAAAAACUGUUACGGAGAAAAUCAUCAGCGACUGGUCCACAUAAAAGGAAACUGUGGGAAAGAGAAGGUGUUGUUUUUAAGACUUUAUUUGCUUCAAGGGAUCCGAAACUAUCACAGUGGUAAUGGAGAAGAGGCCCAUGAGUAUCUCCACAAGGCACGGCUGCUCUUCAAAGAGCUGCACAUCGACCCCUCAAAAGUGCACAGCCUAAUGCAGCUGGGGUUCACACCUCAGGAAGCCCGGCUCGCCCUGCGCGCCUGCGAUGGCAACGUGGACCACGCAGCCAUUCACAUCUCCAACCGCAGAGAGGAGCUGGCCCAGAUCAGGCAAGAGGAAAGGGAAAAGAAGCGGCGCCACAUGGAGAACAUCAGCUCUUUGAAAGGCAUGGGCUACUCUGCACGCGCCGCCAAGCAGGCCCUGCAUCAGGCCGGUGGGAACCUGGACGAAGCACUGAAGAUCCUCCUCGGUAACCCUCACAUGUGGUGGCUGAAUGACGAGACUCCUGACUCCAGCAGCCGCCUCGAGAGUCCUUCCCAGGAGGGCAUUAACCAACUGGUGUACAUGGGCUUUGACUCAGCGGUGGCCGAAGCUGCACUGCGGGUAUUCAGGGGCAGCAUUCAGCUGGCGGCACAGACCCUCGCCCACCAUGGCGGCAGCCUCCCUCCUGACCUGCAGCUGUCGGAGAAAGACUCCUCAUCCACACCGUCCACGUCCCCUUCAGACUCCGCAGGGACCUCCAGCGCCUCAACAGACGAGGACAUGGAGACGGAGGCUGUCAAUGAGAUCCUGGAAGACAUUCCCGAGCAUGAGGAAGAUUAUCUCGACUCCACUCUGGAAGAUGAGGAAAUUAUUAUUGCAGAGUACUUAUCCUAUGUAGAAAAUAUAAAGUCAGCAACCAACUAAGCCGUGAACAGGAAUAAGUACAUUUCUGCAUAUAAAUUCUGUCAUUAUGAAAAGUACAGCGCAGGUCUUUUGUUCUUGCUGUCCUCUGAUGCUGCUCAUGCGUACCUCCUCCUCGCGGUAGGAGAGGCAAGCAGGAUACCCCGCAGGGAUGAGAGCUUUGCCAGGGCCACAAGGGGCUCUGGCUCUGGCCCGGCCCGACUGUUCCCAUCUGUCCCCAGCUUCUGGGCCCUCACUCUGCCUUCCUGCUUGGAUUCACACCCACCAGUGGGGAGCUGGCUCGCUGUUGUUCUGAGGGCAUGGUGGCCCUGGGGAAGGUCUCCAGUGGGUGGGGAACAGGCGGGACAUACAGACCUGGCUGCUUCCCUUCCUGUCACCCAGCCUUGUGCCUAGCUUCCUCCCCCACCUGCGGAGAAAUCCUGUCAUCCCUCCUGUGAUGCCAGCUCUACUGGCGCCCCUGUCCCCAUCCCACUACCCACAGUUGUCCCUUAGGGCUUCAUUGCAACUGCUGGGGGCAUAAAGGUGCGCCACAGACCUUCCUCCUGAAAGGCUAAUGCUUUCUGCACAGUCAGUAGAACAUACACUUGAAAUUCAAGGUUGAAAUUCAGACUUCAUACGCAUCCAGAAUGCUUCACAGUUUUUUGUUUUGUUUUGUUUUGUUUUGGUACCAGGGAUCAAACUCACGACCUUGCGUUUGCAAGGCACAGUGCCUUGAGCUAAAUCCCUGGCCCCACACAGUCUUUUAUUAAAUAUGGAAGUUUUAAAUGGUAACCAAAGCAGCUUAUAAUUUUGGAUGAACAUUUUUAGACUGCUGUCCUAGGAACUCACUGCUGGGAUCUAUCAGAUUUAGACAUAUUUUCUCCCAGUUUAGGGUGACAAUUUUUGUGACAGAAGAUGGUUCCCAAUGGGAUGUGAUCAGCUUUGUGUGGCUCAAAUAACUGUCCCCUUGGAUGUGCAUUAGACGAGCACCUGCCUAAUGCCUAGGGCAUGGCUGGCAGCAGCCAUGUGCAGGGUGGACCAAGUGCCGAGUGUUCCUGAGACCCUUGCUUUCCGGAAGCUCCUCUGAUUGAGGGCAGGGUGAGCUGUGCACCACUGUCAGGAACCCACUUGCAAUGUUGUGAUUUUUGCAGAGUGGACAGCAGCCCAGAUGGGAAAUCUGAGCAGCAGUCUUCUGUUGUUGAUCUUUUAAAAUGGAUGAUGAUGAUGCUGGUGAUGGAAAUAAAAGAUGAAAAGUGUA